AGCCUCUCUGACCAAAACGAGAAAAGGGGAGUGUCAGUAGUGAAUAGCACCAUUGCUUCGUCGCUGCUAUAAUGACAAUUCAAACCAGCCAGCCACACGUCUUUUUCAUUUAAUGUAAAACAUUUAUAUUCGUCAAUAGCAGCUAACGUUAUGUCAAGCCGGAGGAGUGAAGCCCUGGCUUUCUCUCUAGUGACGGGUAUAAACCAUGCCAUGGCCAAGCUGGUGGACAUCUGGGACAGCAUGGGCAUCAUGGAGGAGCAGAGGGUAGAGCGGAUGGAGACUGUGAAGAAACACAUUGAGGGCCUUUUGAAUGACAUGAUCACUGAGGAGGAAGCUUUGAAGCACCGCAUCCGAACCAAUAUCAUCACUUUUGAAAAACAGUUGGAUACCUUGUGUCUGGAAAUGUCAAUGGAUCCAUACAAAUUGGAGGAGGGCCUGACAGUCCUCCAGAUCGAGAAGAACCUGCGUCUGCGUGUGGAGGUUCUGACCAAGGAGAAGGGGGAUCGUUUGAAGGAGUUACACGGACUGCAGCAGCAGGAUAAGGAACUGUGCUUGGAGCUGUGCGUCACUCCCUAUUAUGUUCCCACAGGCAGCAUACCCUCACGCACACAGUUGCAGGAGUUCCGGGAGCACCUCAAGACCCUCAGUGAAGAAAAGAAGAGCCGUGCAAAGGUGUUCUCGGGGCUGCGUGAGGACAUCAGGAAGCUCAUGGAGGACAUGGGUCAGAAACCAGAAACCAGUCUGGAGAAAGAGUCGGUGUGUCAUGGCGAGGAGAUAUUCCUGCUCACGCAUGAAAACAUCAAAGCCCUCCAACUGCUGUUGUCCCAGAUGAAGGUCAAGAAGGAAUCCCUGAUGAAUACUCUGGCUGAGCUGAAAGAACGAGCUAUAAGCCUGUGGAAUCGUCUGGAAGCGCUGGAGCUAGAUCGCACUGCGUUCCAGGAGAGUGUGCAGGGUACACUUUCUGACCAAAUCGCACAGUGGCAGGGGGAGGUUGAUCGUCUGACAGUCCUGCAGAAAGCCAUGUUGGAGGAUGUGAUUGACAAGGUCCGACAGGAACUAGUGGCUCUCUGGGACAAGUGCAACCAGGGCACUGAGCACCGUGAACCCUUCAACGCCCACAUCUGUGACGAUGACUUCACAGAGGAAUUGUUGGCACUGCAUGAUGCUGAGCUAUUGAAGGUGAAGAAUUACUAUGAUCAGGCUAAACCCUUACUGGAGGUUCUGCAGAAAUGGGAGAAGUACUGGGCCCUCUUCCAGGACUUUGAGAAAAAGGCCAAUGAUCCAAACCGCUUCUCCAACAGAGGAGGAGCCCUUCUCAAAGAGGCCAAAGAGAAGGUCAAAGUUCAGAAGAUGUUGCCAAAGUUGGAGGAAGAGCUGAGGACUGGUGUUGAGAGCUGGGAGAAGGACCAGGGUACUGCCUUCCUGGUCCAGGGCCAAAGAGUCAUGACCUACAUCUCCACCCAAUGGGAGGAGCACAAACAGCUGAGGGGCAAGGAGAAGAGUGAACGUGCCACUACAUCAAAGAAGGGGGAAAUGACAACUCUCUUCAAAACUCCCACAAAGAGGGCCCAUGGCGGGAUGAACACCCUCACCCCCAACAAGAUCAGGAAGCCAAACCCAGACGACGCUGGGCCAAUUGACCUUGACCACCAUGACUGUCCUUUCAGCAGACUCCUACACAGCCUAUCAUGGUGCGCUCCUACAGCUGCAACUCAUCCAGCACCUUCAUCAGUGUGCCUAGCAACAAGCCUCCUCUCUCUCAGAUGCAGAAAACCAAGUCCCUUGAGAGAAGCAACAGCAGCAGUAGUCAGAGAACACCCCUGCAGGAGUACAACGGUACAGAGGAGAAAAACCCUGUUGACAUCAGCUACUCUGACUUCACUGGUGACCUGUCCAAAAAGACAAAUGAUGCCGUUUUCAAUUCGACAGCAAAGGACCUUUUCUGAUUUUCUCAUGAUGGUCCCCACGUUUUAAGAUGUGUGUGUGGACAAUUCACCCCGCACAGGGUGUUGUGUCCACUUGGCACUCCUCUCGUGUGUGUAUAUAUGGCCGGUGUUUGUAAUGGUCAGUGAGCAUUUCAGGUAAUGCAAGUCUUUGUUAUCUUGAUGUAAAUCAUUUUUUGUAGUUUGUGUUGCUGUUACUUUGAAAUGUGACCAAUUUUGCCUUUUUGUAAAUGCUUAUUUUUGGACACCCUGUAUGGAAGUGAAUAGGUCUAAAGGGACUCUGUGUCAGGUGUGGAUGAAACAUCAUAAAGCCAUGUUUUCCAGUUAUUAAUACUGUGCAGUCCAGGGAAGUGAAUCACAAGUUUGAUACGGUAGAGCCCCUUAGAUGUUACAUGCAAUACUUUUGAUAUUUGACUUGUUUAUAAAUGGCCAGGCUCCACCGGAGGAAGUAUCCUGUUUAGAUACAGACCUUCUAGCAGAACAACAUGCAGCUCUUUCUGUAUGUAAAUAUUGCGCUCUUGAAAAUACUUUUCUUAUCGCACAUACGGUAUUGACAAUGUGUUUUGUCUUGACAUGUGCGUUGUCUUGUCAACAUGUGCCUGUUUUUAUUUAAUAUUUUUUGACUUAAUUAAUAAAUAUAUUUCAAUGACA